AUGGUCCCUUUGUCACGAUAUGAUGACCCUGCCAUUCUCGACAGAUUCUUACAGGUAAUGAGAGGGAACUCACAGUCUGCCAAAACUGAGACUCAUUUCGUCAAAAAUCUUUCGGAGCUCGAUCCACAGGGUCCAGAAUUCUCACUCACAGUCGUCGCCGAUAAAGAAGUCGAGAAUGAACCUUACGAAACAAGAACAAGUCCACACGGUGUUCAAUCAUCGUACGGACAAGAACCAGCCAGGAAACGACCGUUGACACCCACCCAGCAUAGACUCCUUGUUGGCAAGAAACCUGGCAUUGAGCGCCUGACAGAGAAUAAGUUGGCGGAAUGGAGCAAACAGACUGACGGCUACAUCAACAAUGUGGUUGACCAGUUUCGAAUGUCAAGAGACCGGAACUUGACACAGGAUUUUGUUGCUGGUGAUCAUGUUCCUACGUGCGGGUUCCACGUAGCGCCUUCUUCUCGUGGUGGCUCAUCCUCGCCAUCAGACGAGGACCAAGAAUCAAACCCAGACAUGUCGGAUGCUAAUGGGAUGCCAGUCACACCUGGAGCCGAUGGGAGUCAGGAUGACAUGCCUAUUCAGAGCCCUGGCCAGAAGGAACAGUGGCAGGAGGAGAGCCCCGACACUUCACCUUGCAGUACACCCGCUGCGGAUUCCAGCUUCAAGAAAGACAACCAGCAGCACGGGGUUGACUAUUCGAUUCGGAUGCGGACCAAUGACUCGCCAAGGGUUGUUCCAAUUCACAGCUUCACCGGAGCCCAAAUUGUGCAGACCCUUGGCAACGUGAAGGGGCCCAGAGAAGCCGUUGCUGCCGUCAAAGACAAUCCUCUACCGACCCCAACCCCUAAUCUGCCGGGACAUAGCACAGCCAGAGAGGAGGACGGCGGCGAGCAGGUCGCACCCGUGAUGGCCAAAGCAUGUGGAAGCUAUACCUCCGGGUCACGCAAUCAUUCUCCCGCCGUCGUGGUCACGGCUAGCACAGACACGGACGACAGUGUCGAAGGGGAUGACGAUGAGGAUGAAGACGAUGAGGGUGACCAAGAAGAUAGAGAGAAUCUCGUCCACUUCAAAUCAUGGGGAACACCAGCUGCCCGUAACAAACCAAAAUCCCGUCCACGUACUAUUAUCCUCACUGGUCUGCCAUAUGGUGCUGAUUUCACCCUCGUCCAAUCUUUGAUUCAUGGUGGUGCGAUCGAAUGUAUGAGGCUCGUCACGCCCAACCCUGCGCGAACCACAAUCUCGGCUCACGUAACUUUUACCUCUGCCGAUGCCUGCGAUCGCUACUACGACAAGAAUCACAAAGGCAUAGACGUCCACCAUCAAGGCAGGAAGUGGUCUGUCCUCGUGCUCAAGAAAACGCAGGUGGAUGUGAUUUCUGGGAUGAUGCAGGGAUAUCUCGACUGUGGAGCAACGCGUGUGGUCAAGGUCAGCGGUGCCGACGACGACUGGGGUAUUGUUGCUUUGAAUAAGCUUGCUGAAGGGAAGCCUAUCGCCACACGUCAAGUCGAGUUCGUGCAGGAUACGUAUCGUAAUGGGAUCCGCACCAUCCUCUUCCGAUUCGCCAACAUCACCCACGCCGUCCAUUUCAAAGGGUAUCUUAUUCGAAACGACGACUGGUAUGGAUGUCACGUUGAAUUCGCAGAGGAUCCAUGCGAAAAGGCUGCUGGAAUACACAAUGACUAG